AUGGACCAGUUGGUGGACCGAUUCAAACGAGCGAUUGAGGAGGAACAGAAGGCCGACACCGACGAUGCCGAGGCCUACCUCAAAAACUAUCCCCCUAAGAAGCUUGCCCGGCUUGGUUUAGCUAUAACCAACUUAGUGUUGGCCAGUACACGAACAGGGUUGGGGGGCAAGACCGUGAUGGAGUUUGAGCUUGAUCUGGCGGUGAAAGAUAAAGGGAUCGAGCCGGGCCUCAUCCGGACGGGAGAUAUAGUCAAAGUGAGCAACCACGGCGACAAAGUGAUUGAUUUUACCGCGGUGGUGGUCAAGAUUACCCCGACAAUGGUGGUGGUGUCUACUGAUGACGAAGGGGCCGAGGUCAACGACGACGUGCGCUGCUGGAUGGCUAAAGUCGCCAACAGUGUCACCUACCGACGGAUGACGACAGCAAUGAAUAAACUCUCCGAGCUCCGGGAUACCGACAAGCCUGAUGUCAUCCGGCUUGUGCUUGGUGAGAGCCAAUUUACGCCGCCGCCUCCGCUGACACAACCCCCAGUAUUUUUCAACCCCCAUCUUAACCAGCUGCAACAGGAUGCAGUAGAUUUCGCUUUGAGAUCGCCCAUCACCAUCAUCCAUGGGCCCCCAGGCACGGGUAAAACCUACACGGUGAUCGAGCUCAUCAAGCAACUAGUGGCUAAAGGGGAACGAGUGCUUGUGUGUGGUCCCCUGAACAUAUCGGUGGACACGAUUUUAGAACGGCUUUCGGGCAAUCUAGAGGCAGCGCCGACGUCGGCGCUGACGAAGACCCGCCGGGCACUGAAAAAGAAACAAAAGCAAAAUGACGAAAAAAUCAUCCGUAUCGGCCAUCCCGCCCGCCUCUUGGAGCAGAACCUCCGCCACUCGUUGGAUGUGUUGCUGAGCAGCACCGGCGGCGGCGAUAACCGCGAGCUUUUAGUGGAUAUUGCCAACGAAAUUACUAGUACCUGGGGCCAGAUCCGUAAGUGUAAGAAGUAUAGCGAGCGGCGCCAGUUAUACGGCGAGCUCAAAGAGCUUAAGCGAGAGAUGCGGGCCCGAGAGAAGUCGGUGGUGAGCGAUCUCAUCACCCACGCCAAAGUGGUGGUGAGCACCCUCCACGGCGCCGCUGCCUACGAGCUCACCAGCUUGUACAAAAACGACGCAUUGCACUUGGGCCCCGACCUGCCAUUGUUUGACACUAUCAUCAUCGAUGAGGUGUCGCAGCUGUUAGAGCCGCAGUGCUGGGUACCACUUGUCAACCAUCUCGGGUGCAAACGGUUAGUGAUCGCGGGAGACAACCAACAACUUCCGCCGACGGUGAAGCUGGCUAAGGCGUUAGAAACGACGCUUUUCGACCGGCUCAUGACGAUUGGCGGCGACCAAUACCGAAAGUUGUUGGACGUGCAGUACCGCAUGAAUCGACGCAUCAUGGAGUUUCCCUCGACCACAUUGUACGAUGGCAAGCUCAGGGCCGACAGCAGUGUGGAAAAUAUCACUUUUGACCAUGUGCCGGUUCUCGUAUGGUACGACACUCAAGGCGGCGACUUUGAGGAGAGAGUAGAGGACGACCUGGCGAUGUCGACGGGGUCUAAGUAUAACGAGAUGGAGGCGGUUGUGGUGUGGAACCACGUUGGCGAACUACUACAGGCAGGGGUCGCUGCCACCGACAUCGGCAUUAUUAGUCCCUACAACGCCCAGGUGCAGAGGUUGCGACGGCUGGUGCCCGCCGCCGCACAAGGGGUGGAAAUUUCCACUGUCGAUGGGUUUCAGGGGCGGGAGAAAGAGGUGAUCAUCAUGCUGUUAGUACGCAGUAAUAGCCAGGGUGAGGUGGGGUUCUUGCGGGAUCAAAGGAGGCUUAACGUCGCCAUCACCCGGGCCAAGCGCCACCUUUGCGUCGUCGGCGACCUCGACAUGCUCGCGCGGUCGCGUGAGCCAUUCCUCACCCAGUGGGCGGCCGACGUCGAGGCUCACUACGAUAUUCGCUACCCGGACCCUAGUGAGACCGUUGCCGAAUCUCUCGAUGCCGCGGUCGCUAUGUAG